UACGCGGGCGGCGGCGGGCCCUGGGUGUCUUGCGCGGGGCGGUACCGGUAGCGGCGGGGCCCGGGCCCGGAGCGCAGGCUGCCAUGGCCACGGUUCUCUCCUCCACGCCGGCGAGCGGGAGCCGCUCCCUUGGCCGUGUUGCCGCAGCCUCGCCGCUGAGCCCGACGCGGCUGAGCCGGCUGCAGGAGAAGGAGGAGCUGCAGCAGCUCAAUGACCGCCUGGCCGCCUACAUCGAGCGGGUGCGGGCGCUGGAGGCCGACAAUUCGGCGCUGCAGCAGCGGCUGGCCGAGCGGCAGGCGGGCAGCGACAGGGAGCUGGGCAGCCUGCGGCUCCACUACGAGGCGGAGCUGGCCGAUGCCCGCCGGUCGCUGGACGAGGUCGCUAUGCAGCGGGCCACGCUGCAGGUGGAGCUGGGCAAGCUUAGUGAGGAGCACCGGCAGCUGCACAGCAGGAAUUCAAAGAAAGAAGCUGAUUUAAGCGUGUUGCAGGCUCGCGUGAGAGACCUUGAUGCUCAGCUGAACACAAAGGAAGCUGAUUUAGCAACUGCUUUGAAUGAGAACCGAAGUUUGGAGAAUGACCUUCGUGAAUUAAAGGAUCAAGUAGUCUCUCUGAAGCUAUCACUGGAAGAUGCCACAAAGCAUCUCCACAGCGAAAUGUUGAGGAGGAUAGACCUGGAAAAUCAUAUGAAAACUCUGCAGGAAGAAAUGACAUUCCAGAAGCGCCUUCAUGAAGAUGAGCUCAAGGAGACAAAGAGAGUCCACGAGAGCAGGAUGGCAGAAAUAGAAUCUGGCCGUCAGAGAGAGUUUGAGAGUAAGCUCUCGGAUGCUCUGCAGGGCCUCAGAAAACAACAGGAAGAACAAAUUCAAGGCUACAAAGAGGAGCUGGAGCGAACAUUCAGUGCAAAAAUGGAGAAUGCCCAGCUGUCUGCAGCAAGAAACAGUGACUUUGCCAAUGCUGCUCAGCAGGAGCUGAUGGAAACAAAGAUGAGAAUUGAUACUCUGACAUCUCAAGUUAAUCAAUAUCAAAGCCAGAAUGUUGCUUUGGAGAGCAGAAUACGGGAGCUACAGGAUAUGCUGGAUUAUGACCGUGAUCUCCAUCAAAGGCGUAUGGCUGAGAAAGAGAAAGAAAUGGCAGAAGCACAGAAGCAGGCACAAACACAGUUGGAAGAAUAUGAGCAUCUCUUAGAUGUGAAACUGGCUCUAGAUCUGGAAAUAAGUGCAUACAGAAAGAUGCUGGAAGGAGAGGAACAAAGGCUAAAGCUGUCACCCAGCCCAUCUUCACAAAGCGUUGCAACUCAAGCAACAACUCAAGGGCGACGGUUCCUGCAGGGGAAGAAAAGGAAAAUGAAAGAAACCAGAAAAAGAGGGCAUAGUUUGGGAUUUAAGACUGUUCAGCAUGCCUCAUCUUCUGGAAAUGUAUCUAUUGAAGAAAUCGAUGCAGAUGGGAAAUUUGUCAGGCUUAAAAACAACUCUGACGAGGAUCAAAUGCUACAUGGAUGGGUGUUAAGAAGACAUCUUGGAAAUGUGUCCGAUGUAACGUACAAAUUUCCUUCACAGUUCACUCUUCAGGCGGGCCAAGUAGUUACAAUCUGGGGUGCAGCUGCUGGUGUAAGCCCAGGUCCUAGCGAUCUGGUCUGGAAGUCUCAGAAAUCUUGGGGAACCGGGAAUGAUAUUGGUGUUAAACUCAUCACAGAUGAUGGUGAGGAACUUGCAGAGAGGAAGAUAAUAUACGUACCCAGGGGAGAAGAAAGCAGUGAGCAAGAUGAUGAUUAUGAAGAAAUAAGUGGAAGUGAAAUGGACUUUCCAUCUCAGCAACUUUACAGUUGUGUACCACUUAUGGUAAGAACUGAUUCUAAUACUCCCACUCAAAUGUUAAUGUCAUUCCUGUCUGCUGAAUUCCUGUCAAACCUUUGUCCUUAGUACCUAUAUGCUUCUGCUGUAUCGAUGGUACUAAAAAGGCAGCUUGGUAAAAAACAGUGAACUUGCAUGCAGUAGAAUGCAAAGCAAGCAUGCUGUGCUUUAAAGAAAGGCAGGGUUUCCAGGGGUUUGGCUUCUGCUUUUACCAUCCUAACCAGGGUAGCAUGAAUCUGCAUGCAGUUAAGUUUUGAUGCUUCAGAACUGAGGUGCUGGUAGAGUUUGCUACCCUUUCGUUAAGGAAGGCAUAGCCUCAUGUAUUGCAUGGACUUGAGUUCUUACAAGCUUGUUUUCUUUUCCCCAUUCCAAAACCAUGUAGUAUAGUUAUGGUAUUGUCUCUCUUGAAAACCUGCUUUGCUUUAUUAACUACAUAAUAUAAAAAACCCACACCUAUAUGAAGAUCAAGUAGAUAACCAGUAAUAAAUAUGAAGUGUGCACAUGCUAAUUAGCCUAAUGUCCUGAUAUUUUAUUUCUGCAGCAAAAUGAAGAUACCAGCUGUUGUAUCAUGUAAUGUGGACAGAGAUGAUCACCUGAAAAGACUUCUCAGUCCCAGGUCACAUAGACUACAUGUGUUUAGGUACCUUCUGCAAUACCUGAAAUGUGGAAUUCACAUCUCCCAUUUGACCUCUUCGUAAGAAACAUUCUCUAACAUGAUGAAGCUUCCUACCUUCUCAUACUGGACCCUGUCCUUGGAUUCACUGAUACAAAGAGCAGAAGAAUACAAGCUCCAUGUGAAGCUAUUUUUGUUUUAACAGAAGGAUUUGGUUUCCAUGACCUGCUGAAACAAAGGAAGGUACACAGUUUACAAAACUUCUAAACAUAUGCCCUACAAGGAUGCUGGAUACUUGACCAUGAGCAUGAGGCUGCCUCAGCUUUCUCAGUGUUCUGAUCUGGUGUUUCUCCAAAGGUAAUUUCUGUCUGAAGCCUGAGCGGGAAACUACAUGGGCCACGUAACAGCCAGGACUGUACCCUGAGCAAGUCUGAACUUGGCUGAAGUAAAAAGUUAUCCUGAAAAGUGCAGAGAUGUUUACUGCUCAGAUCCUGAUGCUGAAAUAUACAAAACUGGCCUAGAUCACCUAGAGUGAAACACUUCAAAAUUAAAAGCAAGCUGUAAAAAAUAUUGUCUGUUAUUAAACGUACUGUUUCUGUAUUCUAGCACCUGGAAAUCUUUCAGUUUCAGUACGGUAUAUUCCUAGAUACAAUAUAUUGCAGCAUACCCAUGUCAAACAGAACUUGGGCAGAUCUGUCCUGUAAAUGUGAAAACGCAUCUCAUUCCGACAGAGAAGGUACUGUGACCAGCAAUAUUAGCACUCUGCUUGAAACCUCCCCAUGAGUCAGUUUCUUAAGGGGUAGAACAAAAACCAAAACUAGAAAGCACCAGCUGUAGUAGAAGGUGCAUCAAAAAGAUCUGCUCUUGGAAUACUUAUGAAUUAAAUCUGUGCAGUACUGCUUUGUGGAUGUCUGAUGGGGCAGCUGGGGUAAUACUGUCUAUUGGCCAGUAUGUGAUUUACUGUAAAUUAAAUAGUUCUCUAGUCUAUGUAAAGCCUGACCUAUAACACUUAGAAACCAGGCAGUCAGCCUCUGGAACCACUGCACUAAAUUAUUCUUAGCCUCUUUUUACUUGAAUGCUUACCUUGAUGAGCCAUGUGAAGUACGCUAUAAGAGCGUGAGGGGAGGGGAGCAACUGAAGGCAGAGGAGCAGUUGAGACUGCAGGUUUCUCCAAAUGCUUGAAUAGUUUUUUGGCUGCCUCUUACCUUGCCAAAGUAUUAAUUUUUGAAGUUAAGACCUGUUCUGUGUUAGGAUGUAGUUGUUAAGGUAGGCUUUCCUUGUACUAGUUUAAACUCAAGUUACUUAAUUCUAGUUUUGAGAUAUCAAGACUGGACGCUGGUUUAAACUUGCAUUUUAGCAAAUCUGAAUUAUUGUUGUACCUUAUGGCCCACCUAGAAAUAGAUGCUGCUCUAACCUUGCUCUAUUUAUCUUGAUUUCUUAAACUUUUUUAACUACUAAAGGUAUUUUUCAUGUAUAUAGAAGCAGUCUUGGACUUUAACAUUUGCAGGUUAAAUAAUAAAGUUGUUUGUUCAUUGAUCUUAUUUGAGUGGCUCAAAAGACUUUGAAGCAAUAAAAGUGGUGAGUUUAGGGAAGAUUCAGAAAUACACUGUGCUGCUCUGUUUAUAUUUCUAAAUAAAGCCUGAACUGUUAUGAACCUGAUUGAAGAGGAAUCUUCAGUAUUUCAAAUGAAACCUUCUCCUAGCACAAGGCAAGGAUGGUAUUAAGCAACAACCAUGAAAGGUUUGAACUAUUAUGCAAGUCUUGAUAGGAAAUAGUUGUGGUACAUGAUGUUGUCUGGUAACACCAUCCAUUGUCUUAAGAAGUAAACUGUCUUGUAAAUAUAUGGAUCUUAUGGAACCUGUUCUUAACAUACAAACUGUGAAAGGCACAUAUGCAAGAACUGAUUCUCUGAUCUCCAAUGGAUCCUAUUGUGCAAAUUCUCUUCCUGGUAGGCAAACCUUGAAGACUGUUCAUUUCCUGUGACCUCUCUAUACUUUAUCCUGAUGGAUAACAGUGCAAUUCUCUCUUAUUUGCUUCUAGCUUAAAACUUCUACAUAGCUGUUUUUGUUCAAUGAGACAUUAUUGCAGCUGAGCAGGUGCUCUGUACUAAGUGGUAAGCUGCCUACUGCAAAGUGUUUUGAGAAUUCCAACCUUUAUAUAUAAAUGUGUGUAUGUGCAUAUAUAAAAUUCUUUGAUCUAGGGAAUUCUGGUGAGGUAGAAGAGAGAUCGCAACACCUUUUUCCUGCCUGCUACAGGAAGGUAUGACUGGUGACACCCCUCUGAUAAAGGGGGGUAGAAGCAAAAGCAGCUCUGAAUCCCAAAUACCUAAACCUUUGAAAGCUGUCCCAUACAUUUUUGUAUUCAGAACAUUGUAACUAUUUUCAUUCAAAAAUUUUCCAUAUCGCUGCCCUAAUAAUGUCUAAAUUCAUGUGCAAGUACCUAGUCAAGGCCUGAUGAAUUUUCUUUACAUGAGCAAGUCCAAAUGCUGAGAUCAUGUGCCUUAAGUAGCAGGCUGUAGCCAAAGCUACAAAGAAUAAUCCUUUACUGUUCUUGUGGCCAUUGUGCAAGCCAGGGCCAGAGAGGAGAGAAACCAAAAGCUGUGGUUAGGGAUUAUUUAUGCUGUUUAGAUGGAAAAGUUACUGCAUGUGUGAUACACAUGAAUUUUUUUCUCUCUAGGAAAUGCUGUUUCUACUGGACUAUAGAACCAAGUAGAGUUUGAAACUUUGAAGCUGGAUUCAAGCCAGUUUGCCUAUAAAGAGUUCAGCUCCCUUCUCACCACUUUCUCUCUUGUACAAAGAGCAAUUGGCAAAAGAUUACGUCUUCCUCUAGGGAUGCUGAAUUUUUUUGGUCAUUACUACAUCUGCAUUUACUAAGCAAAGGAGAAGCAUAACACAAAACCAAAUUACCUCUAUCAUUUUGAUUGUACUUAAGAUACCUGUGUCUGUCUCUCCUUCAUUUUGAGGCUUUUUUGCACAUCUUUUUCUCCACCUUGUCUUCUCUUUCUUCUUCUCCUCCAUCCCUUUCAAAUAAAUACAAAAAGUGGAAGCGUA